AUGGUCAGGAUCCAAGCCUGUGACGCUCUGGCCCGAGUUCAAUGCCUCACUCCCCUCGAGGUGCGUUCGAAUGUGCAGCUCGCUAUCCACACCUUCCAGGCUUUGGCAAAUAUACUGGCAUCGGUCUUCGACCAUGUCCCUGCCACGGGCAAUCCGGCGCUGGAUGUUCUACUACAACCGACUGGACAAGUUCCAGCACCGCCAAAGUAUAGGAGUAUCGCUCCUGCUACCAAUGAACCAUUGGAAGCUUUAUUUUCGUCUUCUGCGCAGGUUGCUGUCGUCGACGUGGUCAACAUACCCUCCCUCACGACAUCGAUUCAAGCCUCUCCAGUACGACGAGGCUCCCAGGGCCAUCCCCAAACUGUGGAGAUCGAACCCAAGAAGAAGCCCAACACGGCGCGACACGAGAGCGCGUAUCGCAAUGCUCGUGAGAACACUCAGAGGUGGCUGCGCGAGAAAAGGCGAGUUAGGAUCAAGGAGACGCUCACUCGACGUAUCACUGAAUAUCCGCCUGCUCGAGCCGCGGCGGAUCUAAUUGACAAUAAGAAAGCUAGAUUCGCUCGUCUUGAGGGCAUGUUUGGAGCAAUGCUCAUCGCCGAAGAGUACGACGACUUCAGGCGGAAGCAACACGAAAUCCAACGCAGUUGUCUGAUCGACGGACGAGGCGCGCUUCCAGCUGUGUUUGACCAAUAUGCAGAGCACAGAGGCAUAUCUGACAUCAAAAGCCUACCCGAUAUCAACAAAUUCGGGGAAACUUUGCUCGAAAUCUGGAAAACCUUCCCAACUCAGCUUGGUAUUCUCGUUCUAGUGAGCCGGAUUUCGACUCUUCGAAAACUGAGUGCCAGGGACGCAAAGCGGUUGAAGGCACUUGUUGACGGUGAUGAAGCUGUUGGGCGUGUAUCGUCACGGCUGAGUGCCUCCGUUCUGGGAGCGAGGGAAGGCUAUCAAAAGGUCGCGGAACGAUUGUGGUCCAGAGAAAAAAUAAAUACUACAAUGAGUGACAUCAAGAAGUGUAUGAAUCAAGACGAACUUCAGCCGAACGACGCACAGCACGGAGGAUGUCAAGCCGAGCCUGAAGGAUGUGAGACAGAAAUCAGUGAAGUGAGUAUACAGCCUGCUGAGCGUCGUCGUCAGGAUGGGAACAAUAGAACCUCAAAUGAAAGUUCAUUUACCCCAACAAAUGACUCGCCCGACGCACAAACUACGGCGUCUCGCCUGACGAUUCAUCCCGAUAGCGAGAGUUCAAGUGCCAACAUGAGAAACACUUCACUAGUGGUCACACCUCAAGCUAGUGUGGGUAUCAUGCCAUUUGUCGACGGACGAUGCAUGUAUGGGACUGGUGAUGAAUUUGUGCAGAACGAGGCCUAUAUUGCUCCAACACCCGGCCUUGCGUCCACUAUCAUUAACUCACUUCACACAAACGCAAGGAAAGACGUAAAUAUUGCAACAACCAGUCCUGAUUUAGAUCAUUGGGCCUGGUCUGCGGAUUUCGGUUCCUUCGAUAAUAUCCUCCUGGAUGCAGGAGGUAUGGAUUUCACAAUGCUCGACUCGAUCGAUGGAGGUAUGGAAUUUCUGAACCGAUAA